AUGGAAUCUGAUGGGCCUCAGGCCACUAAGCCGUUAGAGCUGCUGCUGCAAGGAUAUAAAUUUGGUGAAGAGAGUGCACAGACCGGUACCUCAAGUACUGUUCUAGUUGAACCGUUUACUGGAAGAACAACAUCGAGCCCCCUCAAGCCAGACUUCCAGCGGACUCCUGAAGCUGAGCAAAUCAAGGUAGACAUUGAGAGCUCUCAAAAAAAAUCUAACUCUCGCUUUAAUUUUGGUAACAUACGAAGAUAUUACUGCACUCGCAGAAAAGCUAAAAGUCGAAAAAAUGGUAGUAUACGGCGACAUAAGUCUACUAAACGUAAAGACUACACAAGCAAGGCUGAGAUUAACAAGCUUAGCCAUGGUAAGAAAUUUUUAUUCCAUUGUGGAUUUUCCAGAAGGAAAAAUGCGUUAUUGAGGCGUCAAACGGUCGUUCGGUUUCAAAAUAUAACUCAAUUGCAGAAUACUCUAAACUACAUAGACAUCGGCAGCAUCAACUACAAUUUUGCAUGCGGCCCAGGGAUACCUAUUGAACAUGCAUUGCGCAGUCCCGUGUGGUUAGAAUUAGGAAAGCUUGCUCCGAAGUUGAUAGCAUCUCCCGAUAUCCCAUAUUCAGCAGCGAAUCUACUUCAACGCGUUUUAAGCAGUUCUGACUAUCGUUUGAAGCCUACGAGAAAGAUCUCUAAGCGUGCAAUUCGUCGUCGGUCAGGAUCUCUGAGGCGCAGCAGCACCAGCGCCUAUUCUGCGCCAUUAUCACGUUACGAAUCCGUAUAUCCUAGAUUAUAUUCGUCGUGGCAUCAGUACCUACGUACAUUGGUUAUGAGGAAAAUCUGGUUACGAGUGGAGUGUCUAAGGGCCAGUGAUAAGACGGUAAAGCGGGAAUCCGCACAAGAAACUGAAAACAUGGCUGCUAUAUUCAGUGUCUAUAAUCGAUCAUCCUCGAGUGAUAGCGAAAUAAGCGAUUCGUUCAGGCUUGGAUUUAGCUCUAAGAGUAUUCUCUUGUCGUUGAGUGACUCAAACUAUGAAAGCUCCGAGUUCCCCGUGCAUUGGAUCUCCACUAAGUAA